AAUUUCCUAGAGUGCAGAAAUUCAAGCCGUGGCGGGCGGGGCGGAGCUGGACGCUGGGGGCGGGAUUCCGGAUAGCCCCUGACUGCAAAUCCCCAGGCUCAGCGCCUUGCAGAGUCUCAGCUAGGGCGCCAUGGGGAACAGCAGCGCUACUGGUGACGGUGGGCUGUUGGCCGGGCGUGGGCCAGAGUCCUUAGGUACUGGCACCGGACUUGGGGGCGCGGGCGCGGGCGCGGCGGCGCUGGUGGGAGGCGUGCUGCUCAUCGGCAUGGUGUUGGCAGGGAACUCGCUCGUUUGCGUGAGCGUGGCCUCCGAGCGCAUCCUGCAGACACCCACCAACUACUUCAUCGUGAGCCUGGCGGCUGCCGACCUCCUCCUCGCGGUGCUGGUGUUGCCUCUCUUUGUCUACUCCGAGGGUGGCGUGUGGCUGCUGAGCCCCCGCCUCUGUGACACCCUCAUGGCCAUGGACGUCAUGCUGUGCACCGCCUCCAUCUUCAACCUGUGCGCCAUCAGCGUGGACAGGUUUGUGGCUGUGACCGUGCCACUGCGCUACAACCAGCAGGGUCAGUGCCAGCUGCUGCUCAUCGCCGCCACGUGGCUGCUGUCUGCCGCGGUGGCUGCGCCCGUCGUGUGCGGCCUCAAUGAUGUGCCCGGUCGCGAUCCAACCGUGUGCUGCCUGGAGGACCGCGACUACGUGGUCUACUCAUCCAUUUGUUCCUUCUUCCUGCCCUGUCCGCUCAUGCUACUGCUUUACUGGGCCACUUUCCGUGGCUUGCGGCGCUGGGAGGCAGCCCGGCACACCAAGCUUCACAGCCGCGCGCCGCGCCGACCCAGCGGCCCGGGCCCGCCGGUGUCGGACCCUACUCAGGGUCCCCUCUUCUCAGAUUGUCCGCCUCCCUCACCCAGCCUCCGGACGAGCCCCACCGUCUCCAGCAGACCAGAGUCAGACCUCUCUCAGAGCCCCUGCAGCCCCGGGUGUCUGCUCCCUGAUGCAGCGCUCGCGCAACCGCCUGCGCCGUCUUCCCGCAGAAAGAGAGGCGCCAAGAUCACUGGAAGGGAGCGCAAGGCGAUGAGAGUCCUGCCGGUGGUAGUUGGGGCCUUCCUGAUGUGUUGGACGCCUUUCUUCGUGGUGCACAUCACACGGGCGCUGUGUCCGGCUUGUUUCGUGUCCCCACGCCUGGUCAGUGCUGUCACCUGGCUGGGCUAUGUCAACAGUGCCCUCAACCCCAUCAUCUACACCAUCUUCAAUGCCGAGUUUCGAAGUGUCUUCCGCAAGACUCUUCGUCUCCGCUGCUGAAAGAACCGCUGAUGUCUUGAGGUCAAGGGGUUCCAAGCCUGUGUGCAGAGUGCGCUGGCGCGCUUUCGUUCGUCUGAUUAAAUGAAGUCUUUCCUAACCAUUUAUCAACGCUGGGGGCUGGG